CACACACACAGUCACACACACUGAGUAUUCUUAAUUCCACUCCAUUUCAAAAUUCCACUCCAAUUCAGAAUGUUAUCAACGUUCGAUGGGUAUAUAAAGCCACACACUUCUUCAGUAUCACACAUUCUGAGCACGAUUUCACAAAGAGACGAGAGCAUUGGUAUUACUGCAAUUUCUACAUGGAUCAACUUAGCGAGCAUCUGAGAGCAACCCUGAGUCCCGCCGGGGCCGAGGAGCUGCAGCUGUUUCUCGCUGACAUGACUGAGGAGGCACAGGAGAAAGAGAACAUCCUGAAGGCCACUCUGGAGAAGCUUCUCCAGGAUCUCACGGAGAUGGAGCAUGCCAGGAAGGCGCAGGUGGAGGAGUGGCAAAGGGAAAGGGAGAGGAUGGAAGCGGCUGGAGAGGCUAGCAAACGCGAUUUACAGGAGAAGCACCGCGACGCCUACUCACGCUUGCAGUCCGAUGUGGACAGAAGGGCUGAGGAGCUUGAGAUGGAGAGAAAGAAACUUGUUGCUCUGGAGAAAGACCACAAGAGGGCAGUGUUCCUCCUGGAGAUGAAGGAGGAGGAAGACUACGACAAAAUGAUGGCCAAGGAGACAGAGCGCAUGAUUGCAGAGUCCGCGAGGUGGGACAGAUGGACCAGAGAAAGGGAGAGCUGCACCUUAUCAACGGCUCUGACUGCUGCAAUCCUGAAGCAAAGGUUGCUGCAGGAGCUGAAGAGCCAUGCAGACAAAUGGAUGGUAUCAGGUGAGUCAACUCAAGGAGCCAGUGGCACCGAGAGAGCACCUAUGGUUUUUGAAACAUGGAUGAUGAGGGACCAAUGGAGGAAACUCCAAGACAACAGGGUGUGCCUCAAUGAUGGCCUCCAGAGUUUCAUCAACCGCAAGCAAAUUGAAGACGUCAUUGUUCAAGAUCAGACGCUCAAGGGAGAGAUCGAUGUGGAGUUUGAUAAAAAGAUGGAGCGUCACAUGACUGAGGCCCUUAAAAAGCAGGAGAAGCUUAGAGCUGCUGCAAUGAAAAAGAAGGUGAAGUUAGAGGAAAAGACAAGGAAAGCACUGGAGAAAGUCCAGAAGGCUGAGCUGAAGGAGAAGCAGAGAAAGGAAGCCAAGGAGAGAAAGGAGGCCGAGAAGCUGGAGAAGAAGAGAGCAAGAGAAGAGAGGGCCAAGUCCAGCCAGCCCACAUUCUGUUGUUGGAGGAAAUAAUCCACAACAGAGGAGGAUGCGAACUGAAUAGUUUUCUGAAUUAUUUAUUUACAUUGAUAAUAAAUAUUAAUAUAUUAUUUUUAAUAUUAA